AUGGGGCCCCCGGACCGGGACCAGCGAUGCCGGACCUGCGGCUGCCAGCGGGAGACUCUGCCGCACGUUCUUGGCCACUGCAUGGCGAGUAGCGCCCUGUACACGGCCCGGCACAACGCCGUGGUCGACCGCAUCCGAGCCGCAGCCUCCUGGAACUUCACCAUCGCUUUCCAGAAGCGUCCCGUCGGCGACACCGGAUCGUGGCCCGACCUCGUCCUCGUCCGCGGUGAGGAGGCCAUCGUGCUAGACGUGGCAUGUCCUUUCGAGAACACGCGCGAGGCCUUCACCAACACGAGGAACGACAAGGUGUCCCGGUACGAGCCCGUCGCCGCCUACCUCCGCCGACGCUACGAGCGGGUCUCGGUGGCAGCCGUCAUCGUCGGCGCAUUAGGCGCGUGGGACCCCGACAAUGACCGUGUCCUGCGCCGCAUCUGCUCCAGACCGUACCUGCGGGUCUUUAAAAAGAUCCGCGUCAGCGAGGUCCUGGCAGCGUCGCGGAACAUUUACCAUGCUCACGUGCGCGGCGGCCGUCACUGA